AAUGAAGGCAAGAAGAUGCUCUGGAUGAGGAAUCUAAACUGGGUUUCUCACUAAACCUGAGACAAAAGCAAAAGCUGGAUGGUAACCCUCCACAAGAUGUCAUCUAUCAUCAAGUAUGGAAUCAAUCCAAAAUCCCUAUCAAGUUCCAUGAUUUUGAUAUCACGAUGUUAUCUUCCACAUUGGGGCACCUCCUCUUUUGUCUGAAUACUUAUUUAGUUAUACCAGUCUGUCUAUCUCCAUCUCUCUAUCUACUCUCAUGUAUAUAUAAAUGAGGCCCUGUUUAUCUCAAACAUACACCAAUCACCAUCAUUACAUCACCCAAUAAGCCAUCAAAUCAAAACAGCACAAACAGCGAGAAAGAGAAAGGGAAAUGGCAGAUUGGGGACCAGUGUUGAUUGCGUUAGUUCUGUUUAUUCUGUUGACACCAGGACUGCUGUUUCAGCUGCCUGGGAAGAACAGAGCGGUGGAAUUCGGAAGCAUGCAGACCAGUGGGAUGUCGAUACUAGUCCACACCGUCAUCUACUUCUGCCUCAUCACCAUUUUCCUUAUCGCUGUUGGCGUCCAUAUAUACACCAACUAGUCCUUGCUCCUCUGCUGAGACUUUCAUGUUUCUCCUAUCUGCUGUUUUGAUUUGUUUUUUUAUUUUUUUUGUUGUAUUCAAAUCCAUUAUUCUAGGGGAAUUUAACACUCCUAAAUCCCAAAAUGUAUUCUUUUACGAUUAUUUAAUUUGAUAUAAAAUUUUCUGAAGUCCUUCUAAUCAA